AUGGAGACUUCAUGCUAUCAUAAGCCGGUCAUAGGAUGUGCCUUAGUCGCACUGGCUGGCUGUUGCGCCUGUGCUGAUAAGCGGCCAAUCGCUGCUUCCUAUCCUGUCUACAUUGACGGCCAGGGUAUGAGGAUGCAAGGCAAGCGCUGGUCGCGUUACUGCUGGAAAUGCAGAGAUUAUUGGGAUAUCUUUUCUUGCUCAUCUAGCUCGCCCAAUAUGAAUCAUCCGUCGAACCGUGUACCACCUGCAGAUGAGAACAUGGCCACAGCUUUCGAUCACAUGACAGUUACAACGCAGGGUCAGUCAUGGUCAUUUGAUGGCAUCGCAAGAGCUGAUCCACACCAAAAUCGUCCAAGAGGAUUGCUUCAAAGCAUCCAUGCCCCACAUAUUGCAACUUCCUCAUUACCGGCGAGAGAAAUACGCCGUCCAAGCAGCCCGGAUUCUCCUUCACCGGCUCAACAUUCUCUCCAUCCUAUCCCUUCCGCACCCAGCAGGCAUUUCACAGACCCACCCCUUCGAGGACGGAGGCCUCUACUUCAAAAUCCUUUUGGAACGCUCGAGGAGAUCCAAUCCGAAAACUAUCAAAGCCCUCUCGAAGGGAUGUUCCAACGGGCAGAGGCCCGCUAUCGUGAAGCAGAAGCAGCCCGCCAACAAGCAGAAGAAGCCCACCUCCAGGCAGCUACAGCAGAAGCCCGUCGUAUAGCAACUGGAGAAAUCCGACAAACCGAACUUAUCGAAGCAGAUAUCAAUGCUUCAAACCAUGUGACUGUUCAGCUCAUGAUGGAUAUACAAGAAGCUGGAGAAGCAAUGUGGCGGAAUGCCCUGAUGCCCCUCGAAAACGGACUAGAACCCUCGCAUAGACCCCUUACACCAAUGCUUUCUCCACUCAGCGAUAUCAAUCCCAUCGACGAGCAGACUUCACGGCCAGCUCCAUUGAGCCGUGAAGACUUGACGAUCAACAUCGCAUGCCAAGUAUGCUCAGAGCAGAGGGUGGACACGCUCUUGGAACCUUGUAUGCAUAUUGCCCUGUGUCGCUGGUGUUCUGAAAUCAUUCGCCGUGGACCUCGCCAUCAUCAAAGCGACCAUGGUCAUGCCUCCAGAAGCUACCGAUGGAGAUGUCCAAUAUGCCGUCGCAGAGUUACGAAUGCAAGGCGUGUGUAUCUAUCCUAA